AGAAUAUAAACAUUGCUACAUUGAGCAAUUGCGCAGCUGAGCCGACUCGGAAACUCGGGUGCCCAGCUCGGUCAAUCUGCAAGUAAAACCCCCUAAAAACCUCCGGAGAAAUAGCACUUCAAACAGUGUAAAAAUGUCCAUUUCCUACUCUUCCUCACUCUUCUUCCCUCCUAAAGUUGCAAGCUUUAAUUUGAGUGAAAGAAGAAGUGGGCUAUGGAGAAGCAAAGAGAAGAUGAAGAGAUGUGUAAUAAGAGCAGGAGCCAAAAGGGUUUCAUUUGAUAAAGAAUGCAGAAAUGGGUUAUUAGCUGGAAUCAACAAACUUGCUGAUGCUGUUUCUGUCACUAUUGGCCCUAAAGGACGUAAUGUUGUACUUUCAGAGUCAGGAAAUCUUAAAGUUAUUAACGAUGGUGUUACAAUAGCAAAAGCCAUUGAGCUUCCGGAUGCAAUUGAGAAUGCUGGUGUUUCGCUAAUCCAAGAGGUCGCAACCAAGACAAAUGAUUCAGCUGGAGAUGGAACUACAACUGCAAUCAUAUUGGCUCGAGAAAUAAUUAAAUCUGGGUUAGUUGCUGUUGCUUUUGGGGCAAAUCCUGUUUCAUUAAAAAAUGGAAUGGAGAAGACUGUAAAAGAACUGGUCAAAAUUUUAAAAGAGAAAAGUUUACCAGUAACAGGAUCGGAUGACAUAAAAGCGAUAGCUUCAAUUUCAGCUGGCAAUGAUGAGUUUAUUGGAAACCUGAUCGCUGAAACAAUUAACAAGAUUGGCCCUGAUGGAAUCAUCUCCAUUGAAUCUUCAUCAUCGUCUGAAACUUCUGUAGUAGUAGAAGAAGGAAUGAAGAUUGACAAAGGUUAUAUGUCACAUCAGUUUAUCACAAAUCAUGACAAGGCUAUUGUCGAAUUCGAAAAUGCUAGAGUGCUGGUAACCGAUCAAAAGAUAUCAACUGUCAAAUCUAUUGUUCCUCUGCUAGAAAAGACAACCCAACUGAGCGUUCCUCUGCUUAUUAUAGCUGAGGAUAUUUCAACACAAGUGCUGGAAACACUAGUCAUGAAUAAAGUGCGAGGUUUACUUAAUGUUGCUGUUGUUAAAUGUCCAGGAAUGGGAGAAGGAAAGAAAGCAUUAUUGCAAGAUAUAGCUCUUAUGACAGGAGCUGAUUAUCUUGCCGGGGAUCUGGGCCUGAGUCUUGAGGGUGCAACCUCUGAUCAGCUUGGUAUUGCAAGGAAAAUAACCAUAACUAGUGAUUUUACAACCAUUGUUGCUGAUCCUUCAACCAAAGCUGAGCUUCAUGCUAGAAUUUCCCAGAUAAAGAAGGAUCUUGCUGAAUCAGAUUCUAGUUAUAUGUCACGCAAGCUAUCUGAAAGAAUCGCAAAACUUUCUGGUGGUGUAGCUAUUAUUAAGGUAGGAGCACAUACUGAGAUGGAGCUGGAAGACCGAAAGCUUAGAAUUGAGGAUGCAAAAAGUGCAACUUUUGCUGCCAUGGAUGAAGGUAUUGUACCUGGAGGUGGAGCUACAUAUGUCCAUAUUUCGGAACAUAUUCCCAAUAUAAAAACCUUUUUGAUGGACCCAGAUGAGAAAAUUGGCGCUGACAUUGUUGGGAUGGCACUUCUUGCACCUUCGAAAUUGAUAGCAGCUAAUGCAGGAGUUGAUGGAGAUAUAGUUGUGGACAAUAUACGGGCGUCUGAGUGGCAAAUAGGUUACAAUGCAAUGAACAACAGAUAUGAAGACCUACUUGCUGUUGGAGUAGUUGAUCCAUGUCGGGUUUCAAGGUGUGCACUUCAGAAUGCUGUCUCCGUUGCUGGUAUAAUUUUGACCACUCAAGCUGUACUGGUGGAGAAGAUAAAGACUCCAAAACCACCCAUUCCUCUUGUUCCCGGAAUAACUCCUUAGGAAAAUUCGUCAGAGAAUCAGAAAAGUAGAAACUAUAGGGGUAAUAUGUACAGUAGAGAUACAUAUGAGUAUACUCCACUUUGCUGCUUGGCGGACGCUUAAAACUAGCACAGUAUAACAUAGACGAAGCAGUCAUAUCCUUCUCUAGAUGGAUGAUGGAUGAAAAGGUACCAACUUUGUUAUUUAUUGGCAGUCAGAGAGCAAAGUGCUUUGGAAUCCCAAGCACUAGUGGGAGUCGGUUUUUGUAUGUUUCAUACUUGGGAAGUUUUUACGUCCUCUACGUUAAUUAGGUAUAGAAAGAAAUUUUACCUGUAAUAUUGAAAAUGCUGUGAACAUAUUAACACCCGACCCUUGGGCCCGAAUACACCAAGCAUUAACAGUAAUCAUUAUUGCUGGUUUCUUCUGUUUUUCGCAAAUUAUAUUUAUCUAA